GUAUAAUCCAAAAACUUCUUUUCUAUGUGCAAAAUUAGGGAGUAAUCAUUCCUAUAUUUGGCGUAGUAUCUUGGAGGCACAGGGAGUUAUAAGCGAAGGAACUCGACGAAGGGUCGGAAGUGGGAGAGAUAUUUCUGUCUGGCACGAUAGUUGGCUUCCAGUUAAGGAGGGAGGGCCAAGCUGAAAACUUACUGGAGUGGAUGCAAGCAGGUUUUGAAAGUAAAAAUGAGGAGGAGCUUUGCUUGCUAAUCACAAUGAUGUGGAGUAUUUGGAAAUUGCGUAAUGAAGUGGUUUGGAAUGAAAAGCAGUUCAACGUUGAACAAAUAAUUAACGCAGGUGCAGCAGUGCUAAACGGAUGGAGGGCGGCACAACAAUAUGCUACACAUGAUUCAAUAAGGUAAAAAGUGGAUGAAAGAUAUGGGAACGGCCAACUGCAGGGGUGAUAAAAAUAAACGUGGAUGGGGCGGUAGAUGCUAAUAAUAGGGGAAUGAGAGUUUGGGGCUGGUUAGCACGUGAUGAAGAAGGCAGAUUUAUUCGAGGAGGUUGGGAGGUCUUUCGGGCAUAUUGGUCUGCAGCGGCGACAGAAGCGGUCGAAGUAAGAAAGGUGUGCACUUGGGCUAAAGAACAAGGAUGGUCUAAAGUAGAAGUCCAGACAGACGCUCUACAAGUGUUCUCACGAGUGUCAGAAGAUAACAGGGAUUCUUAUUUUGACCUUAUUAUUGAUGACAUUAGACACAUACUUCAAUCUGAAGCUAGUUUUUCAGUCAGGUUUUGCAGACGAUCCUCGAACCAAGCAACCCAUGUACUUGCAUGAGCAACCGUUUCCAGUGCGGGUGGUAAAUUAUUAUUUAAUUCUAUUCCGAAUUGUAUCUGCAGUCAUGUAGCGAAUGAUACCUUGAUUCAGUAAUAAAAGCGGGUAUUUUAAUUGCAAAAAAAAAUGAAAAGUUUGGGAGUUCAAGCAGUAAAGACUAAAAGACUGGAAUUUUUUUGUUCUCUUGGGGAGUAAAAAUUCAAGAUUGAACUCAGAAAAUGAAUUGCCUGAAAU